AUGGAGAAAAAUUAUAUUCUAAUUGUUGUUAUCUGCACAAUUGCCUUACUUAGUACUGUUUAUGGUGCUGCUGAUCAAUGUAGAAAUGUAACAAAGCCAACUUGCCAAACAUGUUUGAAUGCCGGUGACUGUGCGUAUUGUAAGACGACUCAAACUUGUUUUCCAUACAAUCGUGGUAAUAUUAUAGAAACUGAUUGUAAUACAGUUGAUAUGCAAUGGCAAACAUGUGUUGGUAAUUUUCGCGUAUGGAUUAUAAUUGUUUCUGUUAUUGCUGGUGUUCUUUUAAUUGCUAUACUGAUUACUAUAUGGUGUUUUUGUAGAAAAUGUAAACGUUGUCGAAUUCGAAAAGAAGAACGUAGACAAGAAAGAGAUGAACACCGAAUGGGAGAACGAAUGGAAGAACGACGAGCUGCAGCUGAAGUUCGAUCAACUGAACGUAAUCGAGUAGCUGAUCAAAUUCGUAUGAAAUAUGGUAUUCUCAAAGCCAAUGAAAAUAAUACGGAUUAUGCACGUAUGAGUUGA